CUGUCUUUGCUUUUCAGUUCUCAUUGUUAUUCGUUGUCAUUAAAGAAAAAAAGUUUGAAGUGAGGACGUUGCAUUGACAAAGCAAUUUCAAUUUUGCUUAGCCAUUAAGAAGCUUUUUACAACUUUUAGUAAAGAAGAGAGGCUUAUAUAAAGAAGAUGUAUGUCACAACUUACUCUUCCCCUCCCCUCUUUUCCCACCAAUUUUUCUUCUUCUUGUGUGUUCAUAUACCAAAAAAAGAUGGAUGGUCACACAGCCAAAGACAUGGGUAUGAAGAGAAGUGCUUCUGAGUUGGCUCUACAAGAGUAUGUCACUAAGUUCUUGUCUUCUUCUGCUUUAUCAAGACAAGAAUCUAUCCUUCUUGACACAAUCCCUCUAGACCCUUCUUUCGAUCUUAUCAACCGGGAUUACACCAGUGAAUUAAGAGAUAGUCUUUUGUGGUCUGACUGCUUGAUUCCGACUGGAAAUUUUCGCGAUGCACAGUCCUCAAUCUGCGAGAAUCUGUCAGCUGAUAGUCCAGUGUCAGCCAAUAAACCUGAGGCAAGAGGAGGAGCUAGGAGAACCACGAGUGGAUCUUCUCAUGAUCACUCUGACGAAGAAGAUGCAGAGACAGAAGCUGGACAAUCUGAAAUGACUAAUGAUCCUAAUGAUUUAAAACGUAUUAGAAGGAUGUAUUCAAACAGGGAAUCAGCAAGGCGAUCGAGGAGAAGGAAGCAAGAGUACCUGGUAGAUCUUGAAUCUCAGGUUGAUUCUUUGAAAGGCGAGAACUCGACACUGUACAAGCAGCUCAUAGACGCAACACAACAGUUUCGUAGCGCUGGAACAAAUAACAGAGUUCUCAAAUCAGAUGUUGAAACUCUGAGAGUCAAGGUGAAACUAGCAGAAGAUUUGGUAGCUAGAGGUUCCCUCACUAGCAGCUUGAAUCAACUUCUACAAACUCAUCUAAGUCCACCAUCACACUCCAUCAACAGCCUGCACUACACAGGAAAUACCUCACCUGCCGUUAGAGUCCACAGUGACCAAUCUUUGUUCCCUGGAAUGACACUUUCUGGACAGACCUCAAGCCCUGGACUUGGUAAUGUAUCCAGUGAAGCUGUUAGCUGUGUCUCAGACAUCUGGCCAUGACUCUCUUUCUUCACAGCAUGUAAUGAUCACUCAGCUAAAUUCCUGUAUGUGUUUCACUGUAGAACUAGAAACAUAAUUAAAGCCGACGUGUUCGUUAAUUA